AUGAGGCUAUGGUAUUUAGAUACAGACCCAAGACACAAUAGUGAAGGUGAUGGAGGUUGUGGAGAUGUAAACAAGGUGAAGAUGGCAAGGGAAAGCGUGCCCUCCACGGUGCCGGGGUGCCCUCCACGGUGCCGGCGUGCCCUCCACGGUGCCGGCGUGCCCUCCACGGUACCGGCGUGCCCUCCACGGUGCCGGCGUGCCCUCCACGGUGCCGGCGUGCCCUCCACGGUGCCGGCGUGCCCUCCACGGUGCCGGCGUGCCCUCCACGGUGCCGGCGUGCCCUCCACGGUGCCGGCGUGCCCUCCACGGUGCCGGCGUGCCCUCCACGGUGCCGGCGUGCCCUCCACGGUGCCGGGAUGCCCUCCACGGUGCCGGGAUGCCCUCCACGGUGCCGGCGUGCCCUCCACGGUGCCGGCGUGCCCUCCACGGUGCCGGGGUGCCCUCCACGGUGCCGGGGUGCCCUCCACGGUGCCGGGGUGCCCUCCACGGUACCGGCGUGCCCUCCACGGUGCCGGCGUGCCCUCCACGGUGCCGGCGUGCCCUCCACGGUGCCGGCGUGCCCUCCACGGUGCCGGCGUGCCCUCCACGGUGCCGGCGUGCCCUCCACGGUGCCGGCGUGCCCUCCACGGUGCCGGCGUGCCCUCCACGGUGCCGGCGUGCCCUCCACGGUGCCGGCGUGCCCUCCACGGUGCCGGCGUGCCCUCCACGGUGCCGGCGUGCCCUCCACGGUGCCGGGAUGCCCUCCACGGUGCCGGGAUGCCCUCCACGGUGCCGGGAUGCCCUACACAAUGGCGCUCAACUUGUCAUAAAAUACAUCCAUUGGUAGAUACUCCUGACGUUUUACUAAAUCAGUCUGGUGUGAUCUCAUUUGAUGCGCUCAACGCCUAA